AUGAUACCCGAAUUCUCACCUCGACCGGGAGUCGACCUGUGUGACCAGAAUCUAUUCAAAAUUCUACGGCAGUCUUGGUUCGAGGAAUUGUUUCGCCCCAGAAUGGACCCCUCGUCAAUCAACAAUUGUGUGCUAUUGCUUGACCUACCGCCAAACGCACUCGCUGGGAUCGACCUGUUGUCCUUUACUACAUCACCGAGAUUCCAAGGCAUCAAGAAUCUACCUCCAGGGCUACAUUUCGUCUUUGCCGCAACUAGCGCUACCCUCUCCUCGAGAAAUGGGGCCUGGUUUUACGUCACCCCCGGAUCAGGAUCACCUCAAGUCUUCGUCAAGAAGUGGGACCAGACCACAGAGGAUCUGAUAGCCGAAACAGCCCAGGCUGAAGUCUUGAGAUGCAAAGCAAACCUUGGAAGUAUAUGGAAGGACGGAUUGACGCCGUAUCGUCAAACAGUACGCGAGGAAGACUCUGGAGCUGAAGACGAAUGGUCAGAAGAGUCCACAGACUGGAGCUGUCUUACAAACAAGAUCACGCCAACGCUUUUAUCGCGAAUAUGCGGCCUGAAUCCAGACCACUGGAAUUUGACUUCUGCAUCGUCUGCGUCACAGGAUCUGGAAGAGAUACCUGGUCUCGAAGCAAGUAGUAUCUUGCAUCCUGAAAAGGAACUUAGGUUUCUGCCCAUCGAUUUGAAGAGGACAUGGAGAGAAGGUGCUACAGGACGAGAACGAACAGAAGCGGCACAAGACAGAUCCUGGUUCCUCGGUGAUCUCAUCGAUAACCACUGUCAGGCAGAAGACCAAUGGGGCCGAGAGAGUGAAAUUUUAGGGGAGCUUCAGUUCGCUUUCCUCAUGGUCGUGACACUCAAUAAUAACUCUUGCUUAGAGCAAUGGAAACGGUUGCUUCGACUCUUGCUUACCUGUCGGCAGGCAGUCAAAGAGCGCUCUGGUCUGUUCCUUGACUUACUAAAGGUCUUGCGGUUACAGCUUGCUCAUUGUGCAGACAUGGAGGGCGAAUUGUUCGACAUGAAAGAAGUCGGCGGAGGUUUCUUGAAACCACUGUUCAGUCGGUUUCGGUUGACCUUGGACGAUUUCGAGGGCAAUUGGAAAUCGGAUCUCGUAGACCAAAUGGAGACCCUGCAGGAGUUUCUCCAAAAGGCAUUCGGCUGGCACAUAGAUGGCUCCUAUGUAAAGCGUGGAAUACUCGAGCUCGAGGAUGGCGAACAGGUUGAGAUGGAUAUGAACGGCGCAGACGAAGAGGACGAGUUGGGCGAGUAUGCCCCGGCGGUCGUGGAACUGACGCAAGAGCAGUUGAAGGUGUUAAAUGGAAGCGGCAUCGGUACCGCAAAGAGCAAGGCCGAUAGUUCCCCCGAAGAGGAGUCGGAAGAUGAGGCCGAUUUGGAAGAUAUGGAUACGAGAUUCUGA